AUCGCAUAUUUUGCCACUCGCACCAGUGCCAAAACAAAACAUUUGCCUUAGUAAUUUUUUUUCUGUGCGUAAAACGAAAGCAAAACAAAUCGGCCGCCAGUGAUUUUAAUAAUCCGUUUGUUUGUCUCAAAUACCAUCUGCAUUCAGAAAAUUGAAUCCGGUGGCUUUCUAGUCAAUAUUACUUAUAAUACGUAGAAGACUUUUAACAGGAAAAGUUCUUGUGAUAUUUAAGCAGAUUUUUCAUCUUCGCUUAGCCUGUUUACGUUUUGAAAUGCUGGUUUUUCAGUCUAGAAAAUCUUCGUAUGUGAACAGACUAAUAAUAUUCCCUCUAUGAUGUCUCGAAGCCUCCAGCAAAACCUUCUAUUUUUGCAAAAACAGCGGGAAGUGAAAAUAUUGUUUUUGUUUCAGUCGUAAAGCUAAGUUUGUUGACAUGAUUGUCGAGAUGAAAACAAUACGGUUCAAUGGCUUGACGAAAGACCUGUUUCUCUAAUCAACCUCAAUUCUUGAUUCUUAUAGGCCGAUCAAGUGCAAGGAACCUGUUUUGGUGAUCAGUGCUGCGAGUUCUGUUGUAAGUUGAAACAUGCAACACAACUUUUUUAUAAGCUGAUGGAAAUAGACUUUCUGAACAAUUGCCGCGAUCUUGUCUAAAUGGGAUCACCAUUUAACGCAAUUGAAGAGAACCUUGAUUCGCCGCAUGUCAGGUAUCAGGUUAAUAUGUUACCGAUUGCAACGUUUUUUUUUUAGAUUUGAAUUGAGAUAUGUUGGCUGAAAAGGUUUAAUUUGGACAACGCGGGGAUAAAAUGAAUAGUGAAUCGUACAAUUUUCCGCGUCAGGAUAUGGUUUACGUUUGAAAGGAGUUGGAAGCGAUCAUUUCACGCAGUUGUAGCGCUUCAUUCAGAACUGGUAAUGAAAAAUUCUGACCACUGACCUCAUGUACUUGAGAAAGCUGGAACUAAUAUUUUUGACAGACACGUGUCUGGUAAACAACGCAAGUUGUUUACCCUUAGAAGUGCAUCUUUGAUAGACUUGUCGAAGAGUUGUUGUCAAACUCUGUAUUGUGAAGUCACUCAUUGUUCAGCUUUCUGGUUAUAACUAAAAGUUACGCGGCCAUAAUCUCGACCGGGAUUUUGCUAACCGGCUAAAUAUUUCAGGGUAAAAGAGAUGUUGUUUAUUCCGGAUGAGCAAGCACAGAUAUUGACCGGCACUAACAACUCGUCCGUGCUAGGUUGGUUUGUAAUAACUUGUCUUAACUGAACCACAUUUGUUUGCUUUUGUUCCAGGUGAGAAUCACGGAUGCGCAAGGCUGCCAUGCCUCCUAACAGCACAGAACUCGAAACAACAAGCGAGGCAUUGAUCGCCGAAUCACUGUUCUUUGGCCUUUUAAGCCUCGUCAUUUUAGCGGGAAAUACUCUUGUAUGCACAGCUAUUUACAAGAAUCGAAAGCUUCGCACCAAAACAAACUACUAUUUGGUCUCGCUCGCCGUCGCUGACAUAAUGGUUGGGGUGUUUUCUGUCCCGUACUGGAUCUACUUUAGAUUAGUCAAUCCUGGUGUAAAUACAGUGGCUUACAAAGUGUACAUCACAUACGACAUCCUGUGCGGCACAGCGUCCAUCAUAAAUCUUGUGAUGAUCAGUCUGGAGCGAUGUAUUUCAGUCACGGAGCCUGCUAUUCAUCGAAACUUAUCGCGAAAGACGAUUUGUCUGACGAUAGCUGCCGCGUGGAUUUAUGCCAUUAUUGUCGCGUGCGUCAAUCACGUGAGUGGAUCCUACCUUAAAUGGUAUCCGCUUUUCGUCAGCACUGCGAGUUUCUUCUUGCCUUUGUUCAUCAUACUCAUAGCGUACUCUUUGAUUUACAAAAUCGCGCAAACGAGGGAACGCGCGAGACGUUCGCGAUCCCUCGCGCGGGAAAUCCGCAUCGCAGUGACUCUGGCGGUGGUUAUUGUAGCAUUCGUUGUUGCUUGGUUACCGUUCUUUGUUAUGUUACUAAUAACGACCUAUUGUAGGACGUGUGAAGUGGACUACAGUGUCAUUGUGCCUUUCACGAAAUGGAUGCAUUACAGUGGCUCGAUGGUUAAUCCCGUCAUAUACACUCACCGCAAUCGCGACUUCCGUCACGCGUUUGGGAAAAUCUUGUUAUUUUGCGCAGGUAAGAAAAUGCACAGUUUGGCUCAACCAAAUUCAAGAGCGUCUCAGUUAGGAAUCGAGAACUGCCCUUCAGUUGUCAAGCAUAGUGAUAUUUCUGAUAACAAUGAAAAUCCCGUGCGAGUCACGCGAGCAAACAGUUACGUUCUCGCACAGAACACAAACGGUCACUUGUCUGUUGAAGGAUACAGAAAUAAUGAAACAAGAGCUUGAAAGAUAAUGUUACGCUAUGCGUUUGAAAAAGAAUUAAGAUUUUUAACCGAAGUGGAGGGGAACAUUACAGCUUUAGUGUUUUCCUGGGGGCCUGUUGAUAUGGAGAAAAGUUGUUCCCUUUGACCGAGCCAAACAAUUGGUCCUAACACAGUUUGCGCAUGUUCCAUAGGUCUCGACAUGUCUAAAGCUCUUGCAAGGAAAACUAGUUGGUUCGGGCGACCUCACAGUCACCCUGAGUUGAAAGUUAGUGACUUUCCAACUAAGGUGACCUUGGCCCCAAAACCGACUUUGUUAAUUCACUUGUGAACAACUCGCUUAUAUUUUCCAAAAAAUGUUGGUAAGUUCUCUCGCACAGGAUGUUCAGGCAUAGAAGGGUAGCCCUCCGACUAGGGACGGCUUUUCUCCCUGUAAACAGGUCCCUAAUCGCUAACUAAGAGAGAAGGUAGAAUUUGUUUUUACCUGAAAUAAAAAGACGUACCCUAACAGCAAAGUCUCCUCGAUCAUAAAGAAAGAAAAAAGAGAAGAUCGAAGACUGUGCUCAUAGGGUAGAAAAGACGACGUCCUUCUGAACUGAAGUAAUCUAGCAGAUGAAGACUAAGAGAAUGUAAUUACUUUUUUAGGCCGUGAAAUGGCAUGUGACUAUAGGCAGAUGAAGCACCACAUCAAGAACGAAAAAACAUGUUUUACCACAUUUCCAAACAACGAGAACACGUACAGUUGAAAAUACGACGCACAGUCGUAAACGCAGUCUCGAAUGAUUAACAUGACUUGUAUAUCUUCUCAAUCGAGAGUAAAACUACGGAGAAAACGGAGAAAUAGAUUCUUAAGGCUCUAAGCUAAUUUAAGAUCAGAUAUCCAAACACCGUCCCCGCCAAAGGCUUGCCAAGAUCAUU